AUGUCAGUCCAUUAAUCCUCUCUUAAGUCAACCUUAAUAGUCGAUGAUAAUGGAUAAGCAACUUUGUCAAACUAACAGGAAAAUUGGGAGUUAUACAGCUCUUGCAAAUUCGGAAAUACCUGUGCGUUCGCUCACGGAGAUUAUGAGUUACAAAAAAAAUCUCACGUUCCAUCUAAAUAUAAAACUAAGCUAUGCAAGUAGUAUCAUGAGGCACUCUACUGCCCAUAUGGAGUUAGAUGCUAAUUUGCUCACUCAUAAAGAUCUUUCAAUGAUGACUAAAUCACCAAAAAUAGAAGUUACUAAUAAAUGCUUCAAGAAAAUAUUGGGCAGAUGGAGACUAGACUUAAAAACUCACUCAACCCAGAUAUCCUUGAGUUUAGUAUCGUGGGAAAAUAAAAGUACUUAUUGUCAUUUAAAUAUCUAUUAUAGAUCGAGACUUAAGGUGUUUAAGAAGAUAACUUCUCUAAAGUCACAAAAUAGCUAAUCAUGCACGAAAUGCAAGAAAAAUCCAAGCAUAACGACUAAGCCACAAUUAAAGCAAUAAUCAUUUUUAGAAUCAAUGAGACCUGA